CCUCUCCACCUGGGUGGAAAUGAGUGAGGUAGACAACUACAUCUCCAGGUGUAUAGUGUGUGAGAGCAUCUACAGUUUGGUGAUUGUUCACAGUGAUGAUGAUCAGCCUUCCUGUCCUGAGGAUCAGAUUGUUGUAACUCCCGAGGGGAAAGAGGAGUAUUUGGAAUAUGAGGUUGCUUGUCACCCCGGUGAUGAAAACAGACGAGUCCCCAGCAAAGCUGCUCCAUACGGUCAAGACUGUCAAGAUGCAGAUACACCUUGGUAUGGGUACAGCUUCUGGCAGAUAUCUGACGGAAACUUCGGUUUGGGCGUUACAUCAGAGUCUGCUGCGGCAUGUCUCACCAAGUUCUCAAUGUUGCCCAUUGUUAAGUGCAAAGAGAUGGCUCCUGGGCGGGAAAUGUGCACUAUCUCUAAAGACAGCACUGUUAAGUCUUACUGGCAGAUGAAGGAGGGAGAGGAAUCAGAGAUUAACAACAUAGAAUUUUACGAUUCCGAAAGAUUCUUCAAGAGAUGUGCUGUCUGCAGAAGACCUGAAGCUAAGAAAUUGGUCCUUCAAGGAAGCAGCUGGUCUUUUGAAUCGAAGAAAAGAGUUUAAGAUAUAAACGGCUAUAAUGGUUGUUUUUGGGA